AUGGGAGUGACGUUGCAUUGACUUCUUAGAGUAAAACUUCAUUUUGUAGUUACAGAGAUUGCAUUUUGCACUUGAGAAGUUUAUUUUUGUUGUUAUAAUAACAUUUUUAGGCUUAUAGGAUAUAUACGUAUUGUUAUUGUUACUUGACAAGUUUAUCAAUCAUUUGUUAGCCUCUGCUCGGGAAAGAUGACUCUACGCUGGGGAAUUGUAACAGCUGGCAAGAUCAGCAAUGACUUCGUCAAUGCGUUUAACUCGUAUCCUGAGAAGGGCGACCAGGAGAUAGUCGCAGUGGCAGCCAGGAACAAGGACAGGGCUGAGGAGUUCGCGAAACUUCACAGUAUUGCCAAAGUGUUUGAUUCAUACCAGGCAUUAGCUAACAGCAGCGAUAUAGAUGUUGUCUACAUCGGCGCUUUGAAUAAUGACCAUUAUGGACUCUGCAAGAUGUUCCUUGAAAAUGGAAAACAUGUUCUUUGUGAGAAACCUUUCUGUCUGAAUGCGAAACAAACUCAGAGCGUGAUAAACCUCGCGCGCAACAAGAAUUUGUUCAUCAUGGAAGCUGUUUGGACUCGUUUCUCCCCGGCUUACAUUGAUGUUGGAAAGAGAUUGAGGCCGGUGCUCUUGGUGAAAUUAGAUUUAUCGAGGAUCGAGGAUCCGUUCCACUUUCCUGAUAAAGUAACACACGUUGAUGGUUCACUGAGAACGUACCCGUUACACACUUCUAAGUUGCCGUACGUCUAUGGAAACAGCGCUGGUCUCGUCUAUCAGGCUCUUGAAGUCGCCAGGUGCAUUAGAGCUGGAUUGAUCGAGUCACCCCGAAUGUCGCACAAGGAGAGUCUUGUACUAGCCAAAUUAAUGGACACUGUUAGAAGCCAGCUGGGUGUUCACUAUGAUGCAGAUGAUGAAGAAUAUCCUUGAAUGCUAUCCGAGAAACAACGAACACACUCUUGUAAUCGUCCGUCUAUAAACCGUGGUGCUCGUAUGAUUCCUUACUAGUUAAAGAUCCCUAUGUCCCUAUUUGAUACUAUAUUAUGCAGUGUUAAAUGUUUAUUUAAUAGGUUUUAAGUUUAAUUAAACGUUUUAAUGAAAAUCAA